CAUACAAAACAACAGUCUUCUUCUUCCAAAAAUAUAAUUCUCAUUCAAUGCAAUUCUUCAGUCAAAUUCCUAAUCCCACGAGAUUUUCGUUAUCGUAAUAACGCGUUAUUUUUCUCCAACCUACCAAAUCAUAUAUAUUAAUAUUAUUCACCAAACCAAUUUCUUUUCCUUUUUAGUUUAAAUAAAAUAAAGUAUUUUUUUAUUUAUAUUUGUAAUUACUUUUAUCUUUAAUUCAAAUUAAUUCUCUUAUUCAAACAAACAAACCAUUUGUGUUCUCUCUCUCUCUCUCUCUAAACCCUUCUCUUCCACACUGUAACUAUCUUUCUUUCUUCAUCAUUUGUCAAAAUCUUAUCUCUAAUUACUUGUUUUCAUAUAUAUAAUAAAUAUAUUUUUUCUAGGAAGAAAAGUAUUCCUACAAUUUUCCAGCUCGUUCUUCGAUUUUCUAUACAAUUAGCCAAGCAGGUGUAAGAUUAGAACAGUAUUUGAAUUCGGAGCAUUCAGGAAGAGGAACAAUGGGAGGGGUUUGUUCAGGAGGUACUACUAAGCGAAGCAUAAAGCCCGAAGGAAAUAAUACUAUGGGAUUCUCCGGGAAACUGAAGAAAACAAACAGCGUCGUUAAAUCGAAAGAGAAGUCGUAUUCUUACUCUGAUGCAUACAAUUCCGAUAAAACACAGCAGACAUACGAUACCAACGAUCUGCGAUUAUCGUUUUCAAGCGAAUUGAAGCCGUCGACGCCGGCCAGAACGGGAGUUACCAAGGUAGCACAAAAAAACUCAGUCAUAGGAAGAGCUGGGAUUGUUGGAUUGGAGAGGGCAGUAGAAGUAUUAGAUACACUUGGAAGUAGCAUGUCGAAUUUGAAUGCCAGUGCUGGAUUUAUCAGUGGCACAGCAAGAGGGAAUAGAAUAUCGAUUUUGGCAUUUGAAGUGGCUAAUACAAUUGCCAAGGGUGCAAACUUAUUUCAAUCACUUUCAGAAGAAAGUGUCCAGUUACUGAAGAAAGAUAUUUUAAAUUCUCAAGGAGUUCAAAUAUUAGUUUCCACAGAUAUGAAAGAGUUGCUAAGUAUCGCCGCAUCUGAUAAAAGGGAAGAGCUUGAUAUUUUUUCACGGGAAGUAAUUAGAUUUGGAGAUCUAUGUAAAGAUCCACAGUGGCACAACCUUGGUCGUUUCUUCUCCGGAUUAGAUUUAGAAAAUUCAAUUCACACACAGAAAAGAGCAGAGGCAGACAUGACGAUGCAUGAGUUGACUGUUCUUGCUCAACAUACUUCUGAACUAUACCAUGAAUUUAAUUCAUUGGACAGAUUUGAACAAGAUUACCAGCAAAAGGUUGAGGAGGUGGAAGCCUUGAAUCUCCCACGAAGAGGAGAGAGUCUCAAGAUUUUACACAGUGAGUUAAAACAACAAAGAAAGCUUGUAAAGACCUUGAAAAAGAAAUCUCUUUGGUCUAGAAAUUUGGAGGAGAUUGUGGAGAAGCUUGUAGACAUUGUUACUUAUACACAUCAAGCAAUCUCUGAAGCAUUUGGCAAUAAUGGUCUGGUGUAUAGUGCCAAUCAAAGGAAAGAUCCUCCAAGGCUGGGUGUAGCUGGUCUUGCAUUACACUAUGCUAAUGUCAUCAAUCAGAUAGAUAAUAUUGCAUCCCGACCGACCUCCCUUCCUCCAAAUAUGAGGGACACAUUAUACAAUGGGUUGCCAAACAGUGUCAAGACAGCUUUACGAUCCCGUUUGCAGGCUCUUGAUGCAAAAGAACAGCUUUCAGCUCCUCAGAUUAAGGCUGAAAUGGAAAAAACACUUCACUGGCUGGUUCCAGUCGCUGCCAAUACUAACAAAGCGCAUCAGGGUUUUGGAUGGGUUGGAGAAUGGGCAAAUUCUGGUCCAGAAUUCGGCAAGAGCACAAAUACGCAGAACAGCAUGAUUCGUCUUCAGUCACUAUAUCACGCUGAUAAGCAGAAAACAGAUCUAUACAUCCUCGAAUUGGUGACGUUGCUUCACCAGUUAAUUUUCAUAGUUAGACAUAAAGACAAUGGAUCAAAGCUUCCGUCUACAAGGUCUCCAACUCGAAAGGGAGUGAAUUUACCUGGCAGAAUGCAACGGCUUCUAUCCUUGGAUUUCGGUACUAAAUCUCGCAAAGUGCAACUGUCUCAGGAAGAUAAGAAUUUAUUAAAUGAUGUUACCUGUGGUAGGAGGAAAGGGGUGUUAGGAAUGAGCAAAAGUCAGGAGUUUAUUAUAGUGAAGAAAAGAGAUAACAGGUUUUGGGCUCUGAGUAGGAGCACAGGUAGUUCACCUAAUAGGGAUUUGGCUGCUAGACGAAACCCAGAGCAUUGCAACAAUGUCUUGGAUGUUAUGGAUGGAUUAGAUAAGAUAUGACAGACAUUUUAAGAGCCCUUAAUUACACCACACCACACCCAACCCAUUGUUCAUUUUCAUCAUACCAAGUUUCUUUAGCAAUGUUUACAUAUCGUUGUAAAUAUAUCUGAGCCAGUUCUCAUUUUGCUGUAUAUAACAUUUUAUAUAUACACAUGAAAGAAAAUUAGACUGAUUUAAAAGUAGGGAUCAGAUGGUUCUAAUGAGUGCCCAAAGUCGUAACAGGCUUUGGGGGCAGACACUCAUCUUGCAUCAUUGCAAGUAUUGACCACUCAUCACAUCCCGUUUCUGCCUGAAGGAUCAUGAUUCAGUACGCAGACUUACUCUCUUUUUUAUAUUCUCAACUUUCAUAUUAACCUCUGUCAGUUGUCAAUGUGGGACUAAAAAGAAAGAAAUUUGUCGCCAAAGUUCUAGUUUAUGCUUUCUCUUGGGCACACAUGUUAAGAAGAAUAUAAUACACUGCUAAAUAAUUAAUAAUUAUUGUCGUAGUCUUAUACGUUUGAUU